AUGUUUAGCGAAGAAGAGUUGCAUGAUAUAAGUGUGUUGCAGAAAGGAGAUGAUUACGUGGAGGUUGUGUGUGGAUGCACAAGUCGUAGGCACGGCGAUGCUGGUGCUAAACUUAGGGUUUUUAAUACGGGUGAACUCAAAAUUGACUGUGAAUGUUACCAUGGCUGCCCUGAAGAUAACCUUACUCCAGCUGCAUUUGAGAAACAUGCUGGAAAAGAGACUUGCAGAUGGAAAAAUAAUAUUUGGGUCUUUGUUGAUGGUUAUAAAGUUCCAUUGAUAAAGACUGCACUACUUAAAUAUUAUAACCAGUCUUCAAAGCAUGCCAAGAGGUCACAUAAAUUCAUUCAUCGUGAUGAGUUUAUCAAAUGUACUGAGUGCGAAAAAGGACGUAGGUUUUGUCGCCGCUCUAAGAAGGAAUGCAGAAGCUACCAUGAUGCUUUGGUCAAUCCUCAUUUUAAGUGCUCUGAUAUUCCUUUUGACAAAUUUUCUUGUGAUGAUGCUGAAGAGCGAGCAAGCCGAAGGGUGUAUAGGGGAUGUUUGCGUUCCCCGACGUGUGGAGGUUGCACUUCCUGUGUGUGUUUUGGAUGUGAAGAAUGCUGUUUCUCAGACUGCAAUUGUCAGACUUGUAUUGAUUUUAGAAAAAACACAAAAACUUAA